GCGUCCGGUCGCCCAGGUAACGUCCCCUGCUUCCAGGCUCGCAUCUCGCCCCCACAAAAACGCCCUGACAUAAAAUUGCCGCGAUCGUUCCGAUGGGUGACGCCACCGCGGCCGCGACGGGAAGGGCGAUGGCGGCGGCCGCCUCGAGCUCGGGGCGGCGGCGGCCGGCGGCGGUGGGGCAGGAGGAGCUGCGGCGCCUCAUGAGGGAGAAGCAGCGGCAGACGGAGGCCGCCGGGAAGAAGAAGAAGGUCGACUCGCCCUUCGCCAGAUAUAAUAGUUUGGGGAACUUAAGUUGCUCUCUGUGCAGUGUACCUGUGAAGACUGAACUAUUGUGGCAAACACAUGUUCUUGGAAAACAACACAAAGAGAAACUUGCACAGUUAAAAGAUCUCAAGCAGUCAGUACCGGGCCCGACUCCUGAUGUGUCAUCUUCUCUCAAAAGGAAAAUUGCAGACACAGAGUUUCCAGAGCAGAAAAAAAGGAAAGAUCCUGCUGACUGCCCACAGACUGUUGCAUCUGGGCUGCCAGCAGACUUUUUUAGCCAAAAAACCCCAGUGGAUGCAGAAAGAGUCUCUUCAAAAGAUUCAAGCUGCAGUUUAUUGCUGGGAGACUAUGAAGAGGAGGAUGAGGAAGAGGAUGAAGAGACGGCAGAAACCAAAGACCACAGCAGCAAGCCACCUCUUUCUUCACCUGUCCAAAAUACAACAACUCCAGACCCUCUUCAGAAAGCAACCUCUGCUGCUGCUGUAGCGUCAGACCUCUUGGAAAACAAAACUGCAGCAGCUCCUGCAGCUCUGGUCUCUCACUCUGGCUCAAUACAGAAAGCAGAAGUACAAGAAAAGAUUGUGGAGAGGAGAGAGAACACAGCCGAGGCCUUACCAGAGGGAUUUUUUGAUGAUCCUGAAGUGGAUGCAAAGGUCCGAAAGGUUGAUGCCCCAAAGGAUCAGAUGGACAAAGAAUGGGAUGAAUUCCAGAAGGCCAUGCGACAAGUCAGCACGAUUUCAGAAGCUAUAAUGGCCGAAGAAGAUGAGGAAGGGCGACUUGACCGGCAGAUUGGGGAAAUUGAUGAACAGAUUGAAUGCUUCCGCCGUGUUGAGCAGCUGCGUGACCGCCAGGAUAUCAUGAGAGAGAAGCUGAAGGAGGUGAUGCGCCUGAGUGCCACCCAAGCCAAAGAGGAUGAAGAUCUUGGCAGUGAGGAUGAAGGGGAGCUGCAGGAUUUGCUCUCUCAGGACUGGAGAGCAAAAGGGACUUUGUUGUAGCUCCUUGCUAAAGGGAGAUCAUCUCCUGAGCAAUAUGACUCGCUGAUCAAGUGGCAGCGUUUCAGUAUUUAUUGUAAAAUGUGUUAACAAGCUUAAAAUAGAAAAAAGCAAAUGUAAAAAUUGUACAAUAUAAAUUUUUAUAAAGUCAGAUUUAGCUUUCCUAUUAAAAUCCAUAGAAAAUGUG